CCCUGGAAUUUAAGCUGGAAGGAACUGGGGAGCACAGGUGGGGCUGUGUGGAUGCGUGCAUGGGGCUGUGAGCUGGAUGGAAGCCAUGGAUUUCAGACGGGAAGGACUGCGGUCCGCGCGCGGGGCUGUUGGCAGGGUAAAAGCUGCGGGUUUACGUCGGGAUGAACGGGGAUGCGUGAAUGGGGCUGCGUGCAGGAUGCAAGCCGUGGAUUUAAAGCCGGGAGGUUUUGGGGCUGGGGAGAAAUGGAGAGCACGUGUGGGGCUGUUGGCAGGGAGCAAGCCAUGGAUUUCAGCGUGCACGGGGCUGUUUGCAGCCAGGGCUCGCUGCUAUUUUUACGCACCACUUCCAAACACGCAGGGCUCUGUGGAUUUCCCCACCGUGGAGUUCGAGUACGGGGACACCGACAGCCGCGGCGCAGAGCUGGCAGAGCUGUACAGCUACACCGAGGAGCCCGAGCUCAGCACCAACCGGCGAUGCUUCGAGGAGGAGUUUUGCCCCCAAGGUAUGGGCUCUGUGUUCAGUGCCCCACGGCACAGGGCUGCCCCACGGCCCACACAUCGCUCUGUGCCCUCUGCAGCGCGGGGCCGGCAGUGGCCAGAGCUGGACACAGCGCAGCAGAGGGCCCAAAUCCUGCGGCUGCUGGAGGGGCUGGAGGUGGUCAGCAGGGAGCGGCGGCUGCGGGCGGCGCGGGCCAUCCUCUACCUGGCACAGGGAGUGUUUGGAGACUGUGAGAGCGAAGGCGAUGUCCUGCACUGGUCACGGCACAACAGCUUCCUGCUGUACCAGCUGGGCACCUUCAGCGCCUUCCUGGAGCUGCUCAGCAUGGAGAUCGACAACAGCCAGGCGUGCAGCAGUGCGCUGCGGAAGCCAGCCAUCUCACUGGCCGACAGCACCGAGCUCAGGGUGCUGCUCAGCGUCAUGUACCUGCUGGUGGAGAACAUCCGUGUGGAACUGGAAACGGAUCCCCCAGAGUGGAAAUCCUGCCGGGAGACCUUCAGGACAGAGCUGAGUUUCCCCAUGCGCUCCGAUGAGCCCUUCGCUCUCUUGCUCUUCACCAUGGUGACCAAGUUCUGCAGCGGCCACGCUCCACACUUUCCUAUGAAGAAGGUCUUGCUCCUGCUCUGGAAGGUGCUCCUGUUCACGCUGGGAGGAUUUGAAGCCCUGCAGGUGAUGAAGGUGAGGAGGAGGGAGGAGCUUGGGCUGCCACCCCUGCCUGAGGACAGCAUCCAGGUGAUGCGCAGCAUGCGUGCCGCCUCACCGCCCACCUGCUCCAUUGAGCUGGCUGAGCAGCAGCAGAAGCGUGGGCACCGCAGUCGGCGGCCCCUGAUGAAGCAAGACAGCCUGGAUAUCUACAACGAGAGAGACCCCUUCAAGAAUGAUGAAACAGGAGUUGAUGAAGAGGAGGGUGAUGAAGUGGAUGGUGGGAUCGAGGGGGAGCUGGACCUGAUGGAGCGGGAUGCUCUCCUCCCUACCAUACCAGCCCAGCGCCCUCCUAUUGAACGGGUGUCGUUCCCCAAAGGGCUGCCCUGGGCCCCCAAAGUCAGGCAGAAGGACAUUGAGCAUUUCCUGGAGGCAAGCAGGAACAAAUUCAUCGGCUUCACUCUGGGACAGGACACUGAGACCCUGAUAGGGCUGCCACGGCCCAUUCAUGAGAGCGUGAAGACACUGAAGCAGCACAAGUACGUUUCCAUCUCAGAUGUCCAGAUCAAGAAUGAAGAGGAGCUGGAGAAGUGCCCCAUGUCUCUGGGUGAAGAGGAAGUCCAAGAAACCCCUUGUGAGGUCUUGUAUCGAGCCAUGCUAUACAAUCUCCCCCAGUAUAUGAUCGCUCUGCUGAAGAUCCUCCUUGCUGCAGCACCCACCUCCAAGGCCAAGACUGACUCCAUCAACAUCCUGGCAGAUGUCUUGCCUGAGGAGAUGCCCAUCACCGUCCUGCAGAGCAUGAAGCUGGGGAUUGAUGUGAACAGGCACAAGGAGAUUAUCGUGAAGAGCAUCUCGGCGCUGCUGCUGUUGCUCCUCAAGCACUUCAAGCUGAACCAUAUUUACCAGUUUGAGUACGUGUCCCAACAUUUGGUGUUUGCCAACUGCAUCCCGCUGAUCCUGAAGUUCUUCAACCAAAACAUCAUGUCCUAUAUCACAGCCAAGAACAGCAUCUCUGUCCUGGAUUACCCACACUGUACAGUCCACGAGUUGCCUGAGCUCACUGCAGAAAGCCUGGAAGCUGGAGACAACAACCAGUUCUGCUGGAGAAACCUAUUCUCCUGCAUUAACCUGCUGAGGAUCCUCAACAAGCUGACCAAGUGGAAGCACUCGAGGACAAUGAUGCUGGUAGUCUUCAAGUCGGCCCCGAUACUGAAGCGAGCUCUGAAGGUGAAGCAGGCCAUGAUGCAGCUGUACGUUCUCAAACUUUUGAAGAUCCAGACCAAAUACCUGGGGCGCCAGUGGAGAAAGAGCAACAUGAAGACCAUGUCGGCCAUCUACCAGAAGGUGCGGCACCGCAUGAACGACGACUGGGCGUAUGGCAACGAUAUUGAUGCGAGGCCGUGGGACUUCCAAGCUGAAGAAUGCACACUGAGAGCCAGCAUCGAAGCCUUCAACAGCCGCAGAUACGACAAACCUCAGGAUUCAGAGUUUGCACCGGUGGACAACUGCCUGCAGAGCGUGCUGGGGCAGCGGCUGGAGCUCCCCGAGGACUUCCACUACUCCUACGAGCUGUGGCUGGAGAGGGAGGUGUUUUCCCAGCCCAUCCGCUGGGAAGAGCUGCUGCGCUACCAGUGAGAGCCACCACGUCAGCCAUCCCAUCCCAGCAGGGACUCCAGGUGCUACACAGCGAGGAAAGGAAGAUCAUUUUAAGUAAAGCUGGAAGAAAAUCACCUUCUUAGAGCGUCCAGGCCUCUCUGUAACCAUCCAGUCACCUCGACUCUCGUUUUCUUGGAGGUUUUCCCUUUGUUGUGACCUCUUGGAGGCCAUGAGGUACCAACAGAGCUGCAUGGAGGCCGAGGACCAGGUUCUGGCAUCUCAUUCAGGAGUGGCCUCACCUGGUUUUCACUGCAGAUUUACAACUGUGUAUGAGAGAUCUGAGCCUGUGCUGUCCCUUAGCUCGUUAAGUCUGUUGCAAGGGUAUCUGAGCCUUGAUAAGUCUUCAUCUCACCCAGAUGCCUCAAGCUGAGCUGAUGUGUUUUCAUUUGUUCAUUUAUGAUGAUGUGCUUCAAGCACCACACUGCUAUGAUGAAGUAAAAAACACAAAAUAGGUGGCACCAUCUGUGACAGUCCCAAAAGGCUGACAAAGGGGAUGACAUUACCACUUGUCCCCAAGGCAGCAUCACUGCUGGGAUUGUUCAGCAGAUUUACACGGUUUUUGCACUGGUCGCUAGGGAUAGUAAUGCAUUUACCUUUAACAUUGCUCCACUUCCUUCACCUCUGCUCAUCGCUAGGAGAAUAAAAUGAACAAAGAGCUUGCAUGGCAAAGAGCUGCAGAGGAGGCUCACUGCCAUGUUUCUCUCUACCUGCUGUAAGUCCAGAAUUAUUGGCCCAGAAGUUACUGACUCACGCUAUAGGAUGUCUACACAUGACACAAAAAGGCUUUUUUUCUCAUCAAGCAAGAUGCUCCAUUACAAAGUCCAUACAGGGAAAUAAAAUGCAGCAGGCUGAUUGUUUCUGAAAGAUAAUUACUGCAACGUUAGGUUUCCAGAGAGCUUUCUUCAUUGCUCUUUACCCUUUGCAGCCCUACAGGAGACAGUCUUCUGGAAAAUAACCUGAUUUUUGCACGGGUUUUUGGUUCUCUGGGAGGAUGUUUGUGCCGAGUCUUAAAGCGGGGAGGAAGAGUGCUUUAGGUACCACUUUGCUGCCAUCAUAUGACAGAAACAGCAGAUGGUGCAGUCCAGAACGUUCAGACUCACACAACGAGCUGUGAGUAUGGUGACAGGGUAUGAAAGAUUAUAAGAGAUGAAAGAUUAUAUCUUUUUCUACAGAAUGUUGUCAGCCAUGCACAGGGAAUCCUGGUCUAAUUUUUCCUCCCUUAUGAAAUCAGUUUGUCAAAGAAAAAUGUGUCAAUAUAGUGCAAGCAAAAGUGGGUUUCUCCCCCACUGUGCUGCUACCGAUGCAGUGAGCAUGCAGGUGAUGAAACCACAGGUAUUUGUCAUGGCAGGAUUUGUGCUUAUUGCUGUGGAAUUGAAUUGAGAAUGUUUCAUUGAUGUGGUUUGCAAAAGGCACUUUUCAAAGCUGCCAUUAGUAAACCCGCUCACCCUUUUUAAGAAUGCUUCUGUUCACAAUAAACCAGAGUGACUUUUCAAGUCCGUUCAUUCACGUGAACUUUUUUCUUUGUGCACCUUAAUUUACAUCCUAAUUUUGGUUGGUUUUAUUUCCUUUUAGAACUCUCUCUUCAAACUAACCCAAGAAGUCAGGUCUGUUGCAUUUGUAAGUGGUAGAAAUGCAGCUGUUAUGUGCAAUCAUAGAACCAUAGAAUCACCAAGGUUGGAAAAGACCUAAAAGAUCAUCCAGUCCAACCGUUCACCUAUUCCCAAUAGCUCCCACUAAACCAUGUCCCUCAACACAAUACCACUGGCUUCAGCCCCAUGCUGCAAAUACAGAGCCCAGGACUAGCAGGACAGCUCAGGAUUUUCUCUGUGAUGAUUUCUCUGAUUUUCCUACCAGAUGUGCAGCUUUCCUCAUUUCCCUGCAGGUCAGCAUCUUGUAGCUGGGAUUACUGAACUCACAAACUUAGAAAAGCCCUUUUUAUUUGCCUCAAAACAUUUUUUUUUCUGGUCUCUUCCCUGCAGUGUUAGUGUAGGUCCUGGUUAUUCUGUUUGACGUUAAGGUUCAUUCUUCUACCUUUUAUAUUUAAACUGUGCUUUAUGUGAGGGUUCCACAGCUUACCAUGUUUUCUAUCUUUACUGAGAACAGAAAUACAAAUUCUUGACUGAAUCUCUGUGUGGUAGAAAGGUGGAAAUAACUGUAAUGCUUCAAUACUAUUUCCACCACCAAAAAAAAAAUGAAGCUCUGUAGACAUCCCCUUAUGUGAAAACUGAGCCCAUGUGUAAAAAAAAAAAGUAAACAGGAGAAGGCAGAGCUUUUAACUUAAGUUCUUUUACCCCAUCAUGGCUUUAUCACGCUUUUAUUGAGGCAGGCCAUGCUUUGGAAAGUGAUGAAAACCACUGUUCUCACUGCAC